AUGAAACCUAUGGGUCCUGGGUGGACUUCGACCUUCAUCAAUCCUUCAAACGUUAUGGAAGUCAACAAGCUCAAUGACUUCGUUGCCCUUAGUACAAUAGUUAUUACGCUAGCUGGGGAGCUCUUCACAUUUGCGGGUCUUGAUACAGAUGACAAUGGCAACCUCUAUUCUCAGGUCAAUUGUUCAAAUGAAGGAGAGGUUGAAUCAAGAGGCGGUAAAGGCGGCAGUAACUCAAAGAACCCUCUUCAGGGUAUGGUUGCGUUCUAUAGAUCUAGCGGAAAGAACAUGACUCGAGAAACUUUGUACCUAGCAUAUCUAGUAGGCGGGAAAGGCAGUUGGGAGGAAGAUGAAGUUAUGAUUUUACUUUGCCCGAUUGUCAAAGUACAAUUCUCAGUACACAUGAUUAACAACGGAGGAAGAAAAUCUCCCGAGAAAAGCAUGGCACAAAAUCGGGUUAAAGUGCGGCACGCACGUACAGCCUUCCAAUAA